GAUAAGGAUUAGCAUUGAACUGCUCGAGGUUUGGUUGGCCUGUUAAGGAAUCCAACUUGGGAGGGAAAGUAGCCCAGUUGAUGAUGACGUCGCUAACACAUGCGAGCGGAGGAUCGCCGUCGCUCGCCGUCUCUUCCAACUUCCGAGACCAACUCCGAUCCCCAAUCUUCCACGGAGUACCAACCUGAAUUGGCUUCUUGUUCUGCCCUCUCCAUGGCACUUACUGCCUGGUUUGUCAGAACAUGAGGAUACCCCUCCAGUUUCACCGUUUUUGUUCGACUUGUGGUAGAACACCACAACUCUUCUCACGCGUCCCUCUGCCGCCGAGCCGUCGCUUCGCACGUCCGUCAAUCCCGAAAUGUUCGGCUCGAUCUCGUCAGAGGGGGCUCCCAAGAUUUGGGACUGUGCUCAUAGCAGCGCUUGCUCCUGGCGCCUUUGUGGAACUGGCAGAAACGAAUGAGGACAAUAGAACCGGGGAGAAAUUGAUGUUAGAGGCGUCUCGCCAGGAGAUCCGAGACGAUAUCCUUGAACGAACAGAAGGGCGGAUAGGGAUUGGCGGCCCUGUAAUAGCUUAUUGGGUAUAUUACACCUACGACACAAUAGCCACUGGUCUCCGUUUCGUUCACUUAGUCGUGAUUUUUCUACCAGUCAUCCUUACGGCACCUACGAUAUGGCUUGGGAGGCGCAUAAAAAACCACGACGGGGUCCGAACAGGUACACUGUGGUGGUAUAACUUUCUCGUGAAGGCAAUGGAACGCGCGGGGCCUGCUUUCAUUAAGCUUGGUCAAUGGGCCGCCUCACGUACUGAUAUUUUCCCUCCACAAAUGUGCAGCACUUUGUCAUCACUGCACUCAAAUGCCCCAGCCCAUUCAUUGCUUGAGACUAAGCAGACAAUCCAGAAAGCCUUCCACGGGAUGCCCUUCGAAGACAUCUUUGAGGAAUUCAACGAGAAACCUCUUGGAGUAGGCGCUAUCGCACAGGUUUACAAGGCAAAACUCAAACCGAGCCUUGCAAAUCUUGCGGAUAAUGAGCUUACAUCCGCACCUCAGGACUUAGGAGGCAAGCUUAAAAAGAAUGUCGACGUCUUGGUAAAGAGUUCUCCCCAGCGCGUUCCGUCGUCAUAUGUUGCAGUUAAGGUUCUGCAUCCGCGCGUUGAGCGCCUAAUUCGCAGGGAUCUGCGGAUCAUGUCUUUCUUCGCCUCUUUGAUCAAUGCAAUUCCAACCAUGCACUGGCUAUCUUUCCCUGACGAGGUCACUCAAUUUGGAGAAAUGAUGAAGCUACAGCUUGACCUCAGGAUCGAGGCCACGAAUCUAAAGGUUUUCCGAGAGAAGUUUAGGUCCCGUACUACAGCUUGGUUCCCUUACCCUUAUUUGGACUACAGUACCCGUGAGGUCCUUGUUGAGGAGUUUGCCCAGGGCAUACCCUUGUCAACAUUCCUAGAAAUGGGAGGAGGCGUUUACCAGCACGAGAUUGCAAAUGAAGGCCUGGACGCAUUUCUUCAUAUGCUCUUGAUUGACAACUUCGUGCAUGCGGACUUACAUCCAGGGAAUAUCAUGGUCCGUUUCUAUCAGCCUAGUGAGCUUGAUCUAUCUCUUCGCAAACAAACGCGUGCAUCCGAAGCGCCAACAAGGAAGGAGGUUGAUGUGGCAGAAGCCGUGCUUGCGCGAUUACGACCACAUCUGAAUGAGCCACUGGAAUGGGAAAGGGCUCUGAAUGAUCUUAACGCGGAGGGCUACCGACCGCAACUCAUCUUCAUUGACACAGGUUUGGUGACUCAACUGAACGACACGAACCGUUCGAACUUCCUGGCUCUCUUCCGAGCUGUUGCUGAGUUCGACGGCCACCGCGCAGGAGAACUCAUGGUUGAGCGGUGUCGCCAACCGGAGGAAGUCAUCGACCCCGACAUUUUCGCCUUAAGAAUGCAACACCUUGUUCUUGGGGUGAAGUCGCGAACAUUUGCGCUAGGAAAUAUCAAAAUCGGUGACGUCCUGAGCGAGGUGUUAUCCAUGGUACGGCGCCACCACGUUCGUCUCGAAGGCGAUUUUGUGAAUGUUGUCAUCUCCAUCCUCCUUCUUGAGGGUAUAGGCCGGAGCAUGGAUCCCAACCUCGAUCUCUUUAAGAGGCAAGAACCGACUAUCCUCGCCUUUUUAAUAUUCGAAUGCCUCCCACUCGCUUACUGACUCGCUUUUCAGUGCACUCCCCAUCUUACGGAAACUCGGCUCCAACGCCACGUUCUUGAAAACAGUCCGAUCGGGUGAUACCUCAAUGCUUCGUGUUUGGGUCGGGUUAGAAGCCCGGGGACUACUAAGGGCCAGCAUUGAGAGCGUAGAGCAGUGUGUGAAGUACGAUCAACUGUCCCCUAAUAUCUAGGCUUGGGUGGGAGGAGUGGCCCGAUUUUCAGAUAUCACCUUGUCUAUAAUAUAUACCAUGUUGAUGCUUUAGAACCGGAAGUUCGGGCUUUUGUAUAUUACUUAUUAUCACUGUUAAUAUAUAUUAUGUCCAUGGCGGGCUCCACCUGGCCCACACCAUGAUGAACUACGUAAAGGCAAUGCAUAUGGAAAUGCCGCGAG